GUCAACAUAACAUACAACACCACCGCGAGCCGCGUCUCCCACGGCGAAGACCCUCCUUUUGAACCAUAUCUAGAGUCGAUUUCAAUCUCUCGGAUUGACGCGAUAAGUAUUUACGAGCCAGUUUUGCUAUCUCGCACGCGCAUGGCAGGGUUGUGUACUGCAGUUGCGGGGAUCACAACAAAGGGGUACAAAGCAGGAAAGACAUACACAUAGCUUUUACACUUUACAUAAAUUCUUCGCGCGCGAACCCGAGUAUCACGACUAUUUCUAUUGCAGUAUAUAUAUACACUCGCAUAAAAAGAGAGGUCAGGCUCCAAAAGCCAACCAACCUGGCCAUCAUGGCAUCACGACCGAGCACGCCCCCAGAGCACUAUUCCAUGCACGACGAUUUCUCUUAUCCCUCACCACAAGACUAUCACGAGGCACACAGCUUGAAUGGAGCAGCGCAUUCUCACUCCGGACAGGACUUUUCAAUAAACAUGCAAAUGCAUGGCAUGGAUAACUUUGAAGGCUCCCACAACGACCUGGCAGGAACUAUGGGUGCUGGGAAUGGUCUCGGCAGUCUGGCAGAUGAAUUAGCAGAAGCAUGGUACGGCGAUGAAGAGUAUGAGGAGGAAGGAGCCGGAGGAGCUACAGAAGGCUACACGUUUUCCGGCGACCUCCCAAUCCGCUCAAUCCCUUCACCCACAAAACUCAGCACCUAUGGCGACACCGAUGGACGAUUAUCUCCUAAAAAAGACGCGCAUUUCAACAGACACAGACGGCUUCAAUCACAGUACGACGGGUCCGACUACGGGAACGACUCGGACCUGGAAGAAUCGCCAGGCAUAACAUCUGGGCUGGAGGCACGAAUGGCCGUCAUUGAGAGUCUAGCACGACGAGGCACCGAAGAAAACGGCGGCGAAGGCGACACGGUCGUCGAACGUGUGGUCAAUGGGUUACGAGACUUGGGCGGACAAUCCGGCGUCGAAGGCGGCGCAACCAGGCUAAUCACCGCCCACACCGCCCUAUCAACACAUCUCACGCACCAAACACGCACACUCCACUCCCUCGCCUUCCCCCUUUUCUCCCCGCUCUCUGUCCCCCCCGACGGCGACGCCAUUGACGAACUCCUGCCCAUUCUCAGCGACACCGCCACGCUCGUCCCGCAGCCCUCCGCCGCGGCCCUCUCCUCCCUCUCGCAACUCUCCUACCUGACCACCGAUCUCGUCCGCAUGCUCGACCACCUCUCCGACUCGCUGCACAUGUCGCGCCAGACAACCACCGCAGCGGCCCGACGGCUGCGCAGCGCACGCGAACUGACCGCCGAGAUGCGCAGAGAGACUGACGCCCGCGAGGAGAGCGAGCGCUGGAUCGAGCGCGGCAGCUGGCAGACCCGGCUGGCCGAGCGCCAGUGCGCCACCGUCUGCCGGGAAGUCGUUGGCGGCUUUGAAGAAGUGUGUCAGGGCUGGAGAGAUCGAUUGGUCGCCGCCGCUGAAGUGGGCGCUGGGUAAUAGCCAUGCGUGGGUUUUAGAGUUGUCAUUUUUCUGUUUUUCUUUUCCUUUUCCUUUUCCUUUUCCUUUUCCUUUUCCUUUUUUUUUCUUCUUUUUCUUUUUCUUUUUCUUUUUUUGGGGGGUUUGCUUUCGUUCUAUGUCUGUCCCAUUCUCUCUCUCUCUCUCUCUCUCUCUCUCUCUCUCUCUCUCUCUCUCUCUCUCUCUCUCUCUCUCUCUUUCUCUUUU